AUGGCUUCUAACAUAUUCUUUGUCCUCACAAAUUUAUCGGUCACAAAAUGUGUGGCGCCCGAGCAACUAGAUGCAACCAGAAACCCAAAUCGUGCCAUGAUCUGCCACAAAUAUUUUAUAAAAAUGGAAAAACCAGAAUUUGAUCCCACUUUGACAAUAUCACUGGAGUUGAGUGAACUUGUAUUCAAAUCAUCAGCACUAACUACAUUUCCUGCCAAUUUCUCCUCCGAGUGGAGGCCUAAGGUCUCAUUUCGCAAGUUCUUGAAAAGAAGACAGCCAUUUAGAUUUCUUACCUUUGAACCCAAAGAUUUGAUCCUCGUUCUUUUCAAGAGUAGUGUACUCAUCCGAGUCCAUAUGGGUCUCAGUCCAGUCAAAAGUCAUGAAAUUGCUGGCAUUACGUGCGAGUUUCCCGUUUCUCGAAAAACACCCGCUCACAACGACCUCAUUUUGGUCACCUCCUCCAUCAUCAUCACUAUCAAGCACAACUCGUUUUACGCAAUAAUCUUCCACACCAACAGUGUCAUUUCGGUCACCUCCUUCGUCUUCACUAUCAAGCACUACUUGCUCUUCGCAGCAAUCUUCCACCCGAUAUCCCGAACGUCGAGCAGAUUCACACUCAUCCAAUACAUCAGUGUUCGAGUCAAGAUUCAGAAGCCGGGAUUCAGCAAUUGGGCUUUCCAAGGGGACAGUGUCGAUAACAGCCAUCGUGUCAAAUUCAACCUCCAUCCUAUCCUAGAAAACGAAGCAAUGAAAACGAAAUACGCGCAGAGAAUAUGUGGAAAUGAGAAAGAACCCAAAAUGGGGAAGAUGACUGGGUGUGUCAUCGAUGGUUCUUCAUAUGAGGCAGAGAUAAGUUUGUUGGGAGGGUACUAUUGCUCGUCUAUUCUUCAACCUAAUGGUAGUUUGGCUUGUUAA